AUGGCACAAAAAUCAUUGAGUGUUUUGGCCGCGAUAGCAAUCACCGGACGGGUUGCCGCUAUUAGCAAUGGGCUGGCCGAUACACCACCGAUGGGGUGGAACAACUGGAACGCCUUCGCGUGCGAUGUAUCUGAGGAUCUACUCCUGGGUACAUCAGAGCGUGUAGUCAGCCUGGGCCUCCGCGACCUGGGGUACAACCACGUUGUGUUGGAUGAUUGCUGGCAAGAUGAGAAUGGACGCGACGGCAAAGGGAAGCUUCAGCCGAAUCUCGCAAAAUUUCCCCGUGGAUUGAAAUACAUUUCCGAUCAUCUCCAUAGUCAGGGACUGAAGUAUGGCAUGUAUUCCAGUGCUGGUGAGAUGACGUGCGCCAGAUUUGCUGGCUCCCUCGACCAUGAACAAGACGAUGCCCAGAGCUUCGCGUCAUGGGGCGUCGACUACCUCAAAUACGACAACUGCUACCAUAUGGGCCGCAUGGGCACACCCCAGAUCUCUUUCAACCGAUUCAAAGUCAUGGCCGACGCCCUCAACGCGACGGGCCGGCCCAUCGCCUUGAGCCUCUGCAACUGGGGCGAAGAUUACGUUCACACGUGGGGCAUGUCCAUCUCCAACGCCUGGCGCAUGUCGGGCGACAUCUACGACUCCUUCACCCGCCCCGACGAUCUCUGCAGCUGCAACCAGGCCGCGGACCCCUUUUGCAUCGCCCCGGGCACCCACUGCUCCGUCCUCUUCAUCAUCAACCGCGUCGCCGCUUUCGCCGACCGCGGCAUCCCCGGCGGCUGGAACGAUCUCGACAUGCUCGAGGUCGGCCAGGGCGGCAUGACGGACGAGGAGUACAAGGCACAUUUCGCUCUCUGGGCCGCUCUCAAGUCGCCGCUGAUACUGGGCAACGAUCUGCGGGACAUGCCCGCUGAGGCGCUGAGCAUCGUGAACAACCCGGCUAUUAUCGCCAUCAGCCAGGAUCCCCACGGCCGCAGCGCGUUGAGGGUAAGGAGGGAUGUUGGGGGGGAUCUGAUCCCCGAUGAGUAUGGCGUCGCGGAGGUGCAGGUCUGGAGCGGACGAUUGGAGAAUGGGGACCAGGUCGUCAUCUUCCUCAACGCUGCCGGCGCGGAGAUUGAGAUGCAGUCUUCGCUCGCGGACAUCUUUGUGGCUGACGGUCCCGGUGGUUCGGCGCCGCAGGUCAGAUCUAAAUGGGCCGUUCACGAUCUUUGGGCUGACAGGAUGCCCGUGGAGACGGCGGAGUCACUGGUUACGGCCGAGGGCCAUGAUGCGAGGAUGAGGAUUUUGCAGGAUGCAAACUGGUACAAUGUCACAGAAAUUCCUUACACGAUUGGUCUAGACAAGGAGGACCCGAGGUUGUUUGGUAAAAAGAUUGGUGAAGUCGAGGCCAGAGGUGUGUUGAAGGCUUCGGUACCCAGUCAUGCGGCCAAGGUGUUCCGCUUGAGGAGAAUUGCACAGCCUGGAGACGGCUUCAAGGCCAAGAGUCAUGAUCGUACGCAAAGGGCUACGAAAGAUGAGCUGUGA